AUGUCAUCGAGCGAAGAGGAGCUGGACCGCAACCUGUCGGAGGAUGAGGAUGCCUCGGAAGAUGAAAUCCCCGAGGAGGAGGACGACGAAGAGGAGGAGGAGGUGGCGCCCGUAAAGAAGCGCAAGUCCGCAGAUAAGCCCAAGCCCAAGAAGCGCCGCAAGGUUAACAAGUUUAUCGAGGAGGAGGCUGACGUGGACGAGGACGAGGAAGAGGAGGAAGAUGACGACGAUGACUUCUAUCGCUCCGAGCGUCAGAUGGCGGAGGAGGUCGAAACUAGCCACUCGUAUCGCUACGAGCCUCAAGAUCGCACGGAGUUCGACGAGUCGGAGAGCGCCGAGGCCAUUGUUAACCGCAUCAAGAAGCGCCACCAGCAGAGUCGCAAGCAAUACGACGGUGAUGAGGAAGGCGGCGAUGUGAUCCAGAGUGAGGUAGCGCAACAGUCGCUGCUGCCGUCCAUCCAGGACCCGCGCAUGUGGGUAUUCAAGUGCAAACCUGGCCGUGAGCAGCACCUUGUGGUGGCUCUCAUGAACAAGUUUAUUGAGUUUGCGCGUCGUGGCGAGCCUCUCAUGGUCAAGUCCGUCGUGGCAUCCAACUCGAAGGGUUUCAUCUAUGUCGAGGCAGAGCGUGAACCGCAUGCUAAGGAUUGCUUGAAUGGUCUGCGUGACGUGCAACAGUGGUCGAUGAAGCUGGUGCCUAUUCACGAAAUGACGUCGGUCCUUAAUGUUCAGACGCGGAGAAAGCCGCUCGUUGCUGGUGCUUGGGCGCGAAUGAAGCGCGCGGGACUGUACAAGGGCGAUCUCUGCAAGGUUAUUGAGAUUCUCGACAAUGGUGCGCGAGCAGUGGUGAAGAUGAUUCCGCGUCUUGAUCCUAUCGUACUGGCUGGAGGUGAGCAGCCCAAGUACAAAAAGGGCCAACGUCCACCACAGAAGCUCUUCCACGCCAACAUGGUUCCUGGAGCAGACGUGGCUCGUCGCCGAUACCCUUCGACCGGAGAAAUGAUGGAUACGUUUGACAACGAUUUCUACCAGGAAGGUUUUCUGAUCAAGGAAGUGAACAUUGCAACUAUGCUAACUACGGAAGAUGUUAACCCGACUUUAGACGAGAUCAAUCGUUUCUCGUCCGUCGCUGGAGAAGAUGGUGAACACACUGCUGAGGAGAUGCUGGCCUCUGUGGAAGCCGACGAUUGGAAGAACAAAGUGGAUCUCACGAAGGGAGAUACGGUGCGUGUGAUUGAAGGCGACCUUAUCAACCUCAUGGGUGUCGUACUGAGCACCAACACAGCCAACGACACUGUUCGUGUCAUGCCACUACACGAAGAGAUUAAGGACACGAUCUUGGAUUUCCAGCUGAAGCAGCUUAUGAAGUACGUCAAGGUGGGCGAUCAUAUUAAGGUGAUAUCUGGAAUGUACUCCGGUGAGACUGGUACUGUCGUGGCAGUGGAUGACAGCGAGGGUGCUCCAGUGGCUAUUGUUCUGGUGGAUAGUAUGGCUCGAGAAAUUCAGGUUCGUGUUCGCGACUUGCAGGAGUCGGCAGAAAUCUCGCACGGUCUUGAUUCAUACAAGGGCAAAGAACUUUACGAUCUCGUUGCGCUAGCUCACGGUGAUGUGGGUGUGAUUACUCAUGUCGGUCGCGAGGGCUUUACAGUACUUUGCCAGAACGGCCAGUCUCGAAACAUCUCUGACCAGGAAGUACAGCGCAAGAUUGUAUCUUCACGCACAACAGCUGCACUAGACAAAAAGCACAACCACGUUAGUGUUGGAGAAAUGGUAAACGUGGUGGAAGGACCUUUCGCGGGUCACAGCGGAACGGUGAAGCAUAUUUACCGAACAUAUCUCUUCAUUCACAACAACCGCGUCACGACAAACUCUGGUAUCUUUGUGACACGUGCACGUGGCGUGAUCUUGUCGGGCAGCAAGGCGCGUUCCGAUAUGAUUUCAAACUCAACGGUGCCUCGAAUGGAUGCCGGUAUGCGCCAGCAGAACCAACGAGGUGGAAGGAAUCAGCGCGAGUCCGAGUUGAUUGGUCAGACCGUCAAGGUGAAGAAAGGACGCUGGAAAGGAUACAUCGGUAUUGUUGUCGACGAAAGCGACCAGAAGGUCAAGGUGGAAAUUCAUUGUAAGGCAAAAAUUGUCGACAUUGAUCGAUUACAUAUUUCUGUUGCUGGCACACGUGAUGGCAGUGUGGUAGACAAGCCUCGCUACGCUGGUACUCCGAUGACUGGCGCUACACCGCUGCCGUCGCAGACACCACUCCACGGCAGUGCCAUGACCCCAAUGGCUACUCCACUGCAUCGUGGUAUGGGUACCCCGCAAUCAUCUGGACGCGGUGGUGAUGCAUGGAAUGUUGGGAAUGACGAUGCGUUGCUUGAGACGCAGAUGAACCAGGAGAAGGAUAUUACCCACGCUACGAGCUUCGGAACUCCUCUGGAACCUACUGCUCCAUCCAGUGAUAUGUCUAGCAAUAGGUAUUCGAAUCCGACAACGCCAAUGGCUCCGCGGUCCCCGACAAGAGAUGGUAUGAUGCCUGUAACUCCAGCUGCAAACCCGACGACGCCCGGAUUGAACCCUACAACGCCUGGAUUGAAUCCGACGACACCUGGACUGCAGCCAAGAACUCCAGCGUACAUGAUGGGACAUAAUCCGACGACGCCUGGCCUGAAUCCGACCACACCCGCACAUUUGUCUGCUGCAACUCCUGGUAUGGGUCAUGAGCCGAUGGGAAUGGAGCCGAUGACUCCAGGCUUCAACCCUACGACGCCUGGCUUGUCGGCUAUGACUCCAGGUCUCAACCCCGUGACACCAGGAAUCAAUACGCCAGGCUACAACCACAACCCAAUGACUCCAGGCUUUGGCGUGGCUACUCCCAUGGGUCGGAUGAACUCCGCUGCCACACCUGCAGCGACUCCUGGCAUGAUGGGAGGUGGCGGCGUUCCUAUGACGCCAGCCUUCAACCAGGAUCUAAACGACGCUACAGGUGGGCCUGCUAGUGGAGAAGUCACUUGGAAGAUGAAGGGCGUUGAGGUCGAGGUGAUCGUUGGUGAACACAACGGCAGCGUGGGCGCCAUCACCAGUGUGAGCGGUGGUUCAUGCUCUAUCGAUAUCGAUGGGCGUGUGAUCACUGUGUCACUAAACGAUGUGCGGCCAGUGGUCCCAGAGAAGCAAGAUACGGUGAUCAUCCUAUCAGGCGACGAGGCAGGCACCAGGGGCUCGCUAAUCGGUACAGAUGCCUCAGAUGGUAUUGUCAAGGUCGACGGUGGCUCUGAGAUUAAGAUUUAUGCUAUCGCAUCGCUGGCCAAGAUUGCGCAGUAA